AGAAAGAAGUAAUCAGUGCAUCCACUGAGAGUAUAGGCUAUAUAUUCAAGCGUAUUAACAUAUAUUGUAUGCUCUAUAUUUGUGUUGCCCAGAUAGAUCGGUCUAGUGUCGCUGUUUUUUUCUACCGACACGUGAAAAUAUUAAUGCGCAUCUAUACUGUACUUGACGGUAAUACUGGUGCUGAUGCGGGCUAGGAGGUGGAAUGAGUCAGGUUAUGUGAUGCUGAUACUCGCGCUGCCAUUUCAUCAGCAACGUUUGGGCUUUUUUUAACUAGAGGCCUUCAAAAUCACGAAAAGAUAAAAAAGGACUUAACACCAAACUAAACGUACGGAUCUAGCACACAUUCGAAACGUAUGAGGAUCGCAACAACUCUGUAGCCCUUUGUCCACAAGUAAUCCUUUGAAGAACAAAACGUGUUGUGGAUUUUGCUCCUAGAGCAAGGCCGUUUUAGCGAACUGUUAUCAUUAUAGAUCGUCAUAAAGACAUCUUCACGACAACCCGGUGGUGGAUUGCCUAUCUGCAGCACAAUUUUAACAGCGGUUAGUGCUUUGCUGGGAGACGUUCAUUUGGCGUUAGUUCUACGGGAAAGGAGAGCUUUUCGGUGCGAUGGAGCCUGCAGCAUUCAGGUUCUGAACGGAGCAACAGAAUAAUAACAGAGGAUAGACUGCAGUCACCAUGGAGGCGAUAUGGCUUUAUCAGUUCCGACUUAUUGUCAUUGGGGACUCGACGGUGGGGAAAUCGUGCCUGAUUCGUCGGUUCACGGAGGGAAGGUUCGCCCAGGUGAGCGACCCCACGGUCGGCGUUGAUUUCUUCUCUCGCCUGGUGGAGAUCGAGCCGGGGAAACGCAUAAAACUACAGAUCUGGGAUACCGCGGGACAGGAGCGAUUUAGGUCCAUCACUAGAGCUUACUAUAGGAACUCCGUCGGCGGCCUCCUCCUUUUUGACAUCACAAACCGUCGCUCCUUCCAGAACGUUCAUGACUGGCUAGAGGAGGCCCGCAGCCAUGUCCAGCCGCACAGCAUUGUGUUCCUAUUGGUCGGACACAAGUGUGACCUGGAGCCUCAGCGGCAGGUAAGUCGACAGGAAGCAGAGAAACUUGCCAGUGCUUACGGGAUGCGCUACGUGGAGACCUCGGCCCGCGACGCAAUCAACGUGGAGCACGCCUUUACAGAGCUGACCAGAGACAUCUUUCAGCUGGUGAGGAGCGGUGACAUUACCAUCCAGGAGGGCUGGGAGGGGGUGAAAAGCGGCUUUGUGCCCAACGUCGUCCACUCCUCUGAGGAGGUGACCAAGAGCGACAGGCGCUGCCUCUGCUGAUCUGGAGGGAUCUACUGGAUCCAACUAUAACCCUCACUCGAGCCUGGUUCCCCUUAGGUCCUCCUGAACGUCCAUUCAGCUCUCUAGUUUAGCGAUUUGCCUCAGCUGAUCCGGUGGAGAGGAGGAUUCCACUCUCAACCAAACCCCUGGUUGGUUUCCAACAGGUCCUCUUUUGUCCUCUGCAGUGUUUAGCAGUGAUCUGGUUUAAUCCCCUCCUUACAAACUGGUUCACAAGUCAGGAUUCACUUUUGGUCCUCUUCCUGAAUUGUACCUAAAUCCAUUUGGGCACUCAAGUCAGAUGCCAGUCCAUUUUUUUCCACACCUCCAAUAUGCAAUCAAUAACACAGUUGAUAGGAUCAGAGGGCGUCGCACAUCCCCUUACAUUUUGUUGGGCCAGUAGUCUUUCUAUCCGAUUCAGUCAUUCAAAGGAGACUGAGAAGGAGGGUGCCAGACUUUCUUCCACUUUUGGACAACUACGUCGUCUUUGAGCUUCUCUAACUACGCCUCCAAUCAUUUAAUAGCCAUGGGACCAACCUCAGCCAUAUUAUUGGACCCUAUCAACACAGACAGGGACUGAUUGGAAGGGAAGGACUGAAUUUCUAUAUAAACAUCAGUGGAUAAAUGGACCCCAGCCUUUUGUUCAACAGACACUGGACUGAAGAAAACCAAGCAAAAUGGGGACUACCUGAACAUGUCCAGUUAGAUACUGUUGAUUUUGUUGCAAAAAGUUUUCUGUUGCAUACAAUUUAGCUACGGUGCAGACUAAUGAAUAGGACUGAGUUCAAUGUGGACUAGGAAGGGAUGUUGGACACGGCUGAGGCCUACAUUUCCUGUACAUUUUACCUGAACUUUUACCUGUCCCUUUUGAGACUCGCUUAUCCAUAAAGGGUCCAACUGACUACAGACUAUUUUAGAACGUACAAGCAAUGAGGACAAACUUACUAAGGAUUCCGUGGUACCACAUGGAGAUAGGAAGCUUUGAGGGCACGCUCAUACUUCACUACACGUCAACGACGAUACAGCAAAAGGCAACAUACAUGCGCAUUCAAUAUUUUAAAAUCAAUCCCUAUAGAUUUAAGGACAUUUGUAUAAAACAAACAAAUGAAAAAAAAAGUUGUUUUCAAAGACAUAAAAAAUGACCAUGUUGGGUUGGAAGUCAUAAUUAAGUUGGAUGGAUUAAGUUGAACUAAAAACAAACUGCCUAGUUAAGUAACCAAAAACGAAAUUAUUUGGUACAACAGUUUAAAACACUUGCUUCUUGGUAGCAAAAGGUAUGUAACAGUUUAAGUCCAGGAUUUUAUACACUGUAUUCAAGGUCAAGGUCCCUGUCAUAAUCGCUUCAAGCUACUUCCUGCUAUCAUAGAAUCAGAUUCCAAAACUAGGAUAGAUAUGUCUCUACUGAGUGAAACAAAUUAACCAAACUAAAUAAGCUUGGUGAAACACGAUUGCAAAAAAAAUUAUGGUGUGUAUCACUUAUAACCCCCCCCCCGGUCAUUAUUGAUAAUUACAAUGCUGAAGUGCUGUCAUCCACAUUUUCCAAACAGACCUGCGGCAGCAUCAUUACAGUAUGUGACUGUAACAUUUUAGAGACCAGGGAAGUUGAGAGUGCAAGUGCAUAUUCAACUGAAAGUGUAUCUUUUACAAGUUGGAAAGGUCAGAAAAUCUUCUUGUAGAAUAAUACAGUUAAUAGUUGAGGGGCUUGGGGGAUAUCUUGUAGGGAUAUAUAAUUUAGUGUGACCCCUUUUCCGGCUUGGAUUGAGAAUGGACAUUAUACGAAUUCUGUUGCUUACUCCACCUGCUUGAAAACUCUGGUUCUAAAAGGGAAUAUUUUACAUCAUGAUGUCCAGCCCAAUAAUUAGAAAGAAGUAUUGAUCUCUGUAAUUGUUCCAUUCCCAACCGGUGCUAUUAAGGGAACUUAUGAUUUCAGCAAUUUCAACAUGCUGAAAUUCCUCAAAGCUCAUAGCUCAAUUAUACUAUUUUGGAAGUUUUUAAGAGUUUGGUUCAGUUGCUCCUCCACUUCCCCCAGCCACCAGAUCAUCCCCACCUGGCCACUAACCAGUACUAGUACAUGACUGAUGAAUUCCUGAUCCUGUGUUAGUCCUUAAGAAGCUACUUCUAUCUACUUUGUAAUUAACAACAGAACAUUAUCUUGGAGGCUUACAACAAGUACAGCUUCCAGGCUGUUUGUAUGAGUUGCAGCAAGUGCUUAGCCAGGUAAACCGUGACUAAAUGAAUUAAACCAACAAUGUCUAUAUAUAGGGAGAUCAGUUGGAAACCAGGCUAGCUGUGGCACACAUCAAUAAUACAAAAUCAUAGACAGACUUUCACAGUGUACAGCACUUCUAGAUCAUAUUCACUAUUGCACAUAAUGUAUGAAAACAUGGAUGGAAUUACCUGAACAUUGUGGGAAAUAUAAAUAUUCCUUUACAAAACGUUUUUCUGCUGUGUGCCCUAAUGAAUAUGACCCAGGAUAUUUUCUUCUUCAUUCUACUAACGUUACUCUACAGCAUCUUUGACUCCUUGUCUUCCUGUUACCUCCAAACUACCAUGUACUACUGUUCAUUUAAUUCAGUAACGGCAACAGGAUUUUCUGUGCCACUAUUUACCUAUCAAAACAGCUUGAAAUGUACUAAAAAAAACAAUAAAAUGUUACUGAUAAAAUA